ACAACACGCGCUUGUCCGCCAUGUCUAGCAUCAGUCGUCUGACAACGAAAGAAAUCAAAGAUUUACAAAGACAGAAAACGAAAGCUCAAGAAAGAGGAAAUUUACUUGAAGAAGCGAAGUUGUGUAAUAAACUGGGAGAUUUGUUUGCGAGAUGUGGAAAAUACAAUCAAGCAAUUAUCGAGCAUCAGUCAGAGCUACAGCUCUCCAAUUCAUUGGAUCUGCCAACUGAUUCAGGCAUCGCACAUCGCAAAUUAGGAGAGUGUCUCUGUGAAUUGGGUCAAUACGAAAAGGCUCUAGAGCAUCAACAGCAACACCUUGAUUUGGCCAAACUUUCAAGAGAUGUCAAAGAACAACAGAGAGCAUAUGCCACUAUUGGUAGGACAUGGUUUGUGUGGUCUCAGGGAGAUCAGACGGUGGAAGCUCAAACUAAACUGAAUGAGGCUGAACGUGCCUACUUGGAGAGUCAGGGAAAAUGUAAUGAGUUACAAGGUUUAGUCUCUGAGAAAGAACUUUUCUCAAUGAAGGGAAGGCUAUUUCUUAAUCUGGGCUUAGUCCAUGAGCAACAAAGUAGAAAGAAAAAUGUACGAAAAGCCAGAAAAUUUCUGGAGUGCGCUUUGAAGCUUUCUCAUGAAAGUGGUGACUGUGAGACAGAAUAUCGAUCGCAGUUAUCUCUUGCUUCAUCGUUUUUGCAUGACAGUAUGGUGUCGUAUGCUCUUCGAUGCUAUGAUGCUGCUGAGAAAAUUGCCAAGGAACAAAGAAACACGACUUGGGAAGCUGAAGUUUAUGAGGGCAUGGGGCAGGCACACGUUGUGACUAGCAACUUCAAAGCAGCAAAGAAGUAUUUUAAAUUAGCGUUCAAGAAGAUUGGUACAUCUAAUUCAGAUGAACAACGAACGUUGAGUGUAAAUCUGAAGAGAGUGAGGAAAGCAGUGAAAUUAGAAAGAUCUCUAAAUGCAACUGAAGGAGAAGCAAAGGAGGAAGCAGUGAACAUGUGGGACAAGCUGGGAGAUCUCUGUGCUGGAUUGAGAACCUAUCAAAAAGCUGUUGACUGUUACGAGAAACAGCUUUCAUUGUGUCGGGAGCUUGGUUGGACAGGACAUCGAAUAGCACCAGUUCUUUAUUCGCUUGCGAGAACACAUCAGGACAGAAGAGACUUUGAUCAUGCAAUUAAGUAUUACAAGAUGGAAAUUGAAGCUCAAGAGAGCAAACCAAAAGAGCAAUGCAGCAGCUGGUGUUGGAUAGGACGAAGUCAUGUUGAUGCUAAUCACAGCUUUAAUGAAGUUAUCAGUGCCUACUGUAGUGCUCUACAGUGUGCAAAAGAUGCUAACAGUUUAAAGCAACAGUGUGAUGUCAUCCAGCAAAUGAUCAGUCUUUACGAGAAAGAGGGAGACAAAGAAAAGAGUACUGAGCUGGAGGGAGAGUUGAGGAAACUGGAGAUCAAGCAAGGCACAGCUGAAGAAUGGAGUCAAGAAACAGAUGAGGCAAGUGAAAUUAUGGACACUGACCCAAGUGAAGAUGAAGAAAGUGAUGGUGAAACAAUGUCUUCUGAUUCAGACACUGUUGAUGAAGAGACUGGUACAAGGAAGAGCAGACGGGUUAACAGUGUAAAGAUUGAUAAGGUCAAUGCAAAGGGCGAGACAUUGCUUCACCAAGGUUGCAUUGCAAACAAUAUGCGAUUGGUGCAAACCCUACUGGCUGAGGGAGCAACAGUUCGCUGUCGUGAUUAUUGUGGUUGGACUCCAUUACAUGAGGCCGCUAAUCAUGGUUACUGUGAUAUUGCCCUUCUUCUACUUCAAAAUGGUGCCAAUGUGAACGAUCCUGGUGGUCUCAGCUGUGAUGGAAUUACUCCUCUUCACGAUGCUGCUAUCAAUGGCCAUAUUGAUGUUGUGAAGUUGCUUGUAGAUUAUGGUGCAGAUCUAUUUUUGCAGAAUGCAAAGGGAAUGACUGCUUUAGAAUUGGUAAAAGACCAGCUUGACAGUGAUGAUGAAGACGACGACGACGACGAGGCUGAUGGUGAUCAAAUAUUUUCAAGACGGAGAGCUGUUUGUCAAUACUUGACAGAAAAAGUAGAGGCAUUUAGUCCUUUAAACAAACGGUCUCGCAAGGAAGUUGACAGUGUUGUAGGAUAUGAUACAGAUGACUCUCCACCACAUUCUGCUAACCGAUCUCGUGCUAAGAAAGUUGGCGAACGGAAAAGCAGACACAGCAGUAAGAAACGCAGAAAUGAUUUUGACAGUGACUCCGACAGUAUGGAGAUUGUCGUAACUAAUGGCAGUAAAAAUUAUGAAUUACCAGUUGUACACACAGAUGAGUGUGAAGUGCUAUGUGAUUCACCUGACAAAGAAUCCUCGGAGAUGGAAAGUGUGUUGCCUCUCAGGGGGUCUAACAUGGAAACUUCGUGUUUCGAUGUCAAUUUGUUAAAUGCUUCAAACGAAAUUGCCAAAGCUCAAGAUAUGGUUGAGGUUCCUGCUCUUCUUCCAGAAUCAGAUGGUAGUGAUCAACAAGCCGGUACUGAUGAUAACUGGCUUAUUGAUGACAUUGGUCCUAAUGUCAAACGACGGCGUACAAAUAAGUCUGCAACACCGCGAAAGGCUCGUGUCAGUCGCAAAAGAACAUCAGACAACAUGAGAACUGGAGAGCAACACGAUAAUUAUAAUCUUGUUACUGAUAGUGCUAGAGGUUCAACUGAAACUUUGGUCAAUGCUCAAACGAGACCAAAAAGGAGUAGUCAUAACAUAGUGGAUGGUUCAUCAUCUCACAAUGUUAGCCCAAUGAGAGUCAAGGUGUCUGUGAUGGGAAAAGUGUUUGUUAUUCCAUGCCCUUCUAUUGAAGAGAAUGAAUCAUUGCAUGGACCAAAGAUUGAAUGGGUGGCUAGUGAGGCAGCAAGUCGGUACUAUGCAAUGAGUGGCCUUAUGCCAAGGCUGACGUUGAAGACACGUGAAGGAGCAUUAUUUGACCCUAAUGAUUGUGUUACAAACGUGCUGGUAAACAAUGAAGAGCUGAUAGGUCAUGUGGAAAGCUGGAACCUGCCACCUCUCAGUGACCGAUACCUUAAAGCAUGUACUUCUGUCGGUCAAGAAAUUUGUCCACACAUUCUUCGAGUUAUCGAAUCUGAUGCUGAUCCAACAGAAAUAAUGCUUCAGGAUCAAUUGAUAUCUCCAGAAAUUUCUGUUCCGUUCUUCAGGGCUCUUCAGUGUCAAUUAUCUCUCAGCAAAUUGUUUUUAUCUGGCAAUCAGAUUGGAAAUACGGGGUUUGUUCAGUUGGGUGUGUCAUUGUGUACUCUUCCCAAUAUGGCACACCUUGAUGUGAGCCUCAACAACAUCACGUAUGAAGGACUGACGGGCUUUGUUGAACAGCUUAUUGAAAGGAAUGCUGGUGAAUUUGGUGGAGUUAGCACAGCAGGACAGCCUCUUGACAAACUCUGUGACUUAAAUUUGAGUUACAAUUCACUUGGCGAUGAAAGCGCUCAUUCUCUGACAAAGCUUCUCAAUCUCUGUGUGUCAUUGUCAUGUCUAACUAUUGAUGGAUGCAGAUUUACUAACAACUUCAGUUCAGGACUAAGGAUGUAUCACAAACAAGGUAUCCAGAAGCUUAGUGUGGCCCAUAAUGAGUUGGGUGGAGCAGGUGUCCAAUCCUUACUGCAGACCAUUUCUUCUGCUUGUCUCAAACUGAUCAACUUGUCAUGUUGCAACUCUGCAGAUCACAGCAUUCAUGCCAGGUUCUCAACAAGCAUUACAGAAACGUUUCUUUUUGAGACUUCCCUACAUUUGGAAACUGUCAUUUUGUCUGGCUGUCAUCUGACGGAUAUUGAUUGCGAUAUACUGGAACCAUUCCUUAGUUCAAAUCCACUGCAGCAAUUGAUUCUAAGUGCCAACAACCUCGGUCCAAACGCUGGUCAUGUGCUUGCUAGAGUCAUCAAUUCAUGUCGUUCACUUAAGGUUCUGAACAUUGCUGGAAAUCCUGCUUUCGGUAAUGAAGGAAUCCGUGUGUUGCUAUCUGUAGCAGCUGCUCGGCUGGAAGUCUUGGAUAUUUCUGGAUGCGGCCUAACCAGUCCAUUGCCUCAUGAGGUGGUCAGUCUUGACUCUCUUUUACAGUCCGAGUCGAUAUGCCUUCGUCGUCUCUUGCUAUCAAACAACAACUUGACUGAAGAAGAUCGAAGUACAAUGGGUGAGGCUUGGAAACUAUUAUGGGGAGAAAACGGUAUGUUGUGCACAAAUGACGAUUUUCAUUUUACUCUGGCUGUUGCUGGAAAUAGAGAGACAGUUGGUAAUGAAAAUGUAGGUAAUAAGUAAGAUAUUUUCAUUUGUACAAUAAUUAUUGCAAUUUGCAUUUAUAUUUAUAUCAAAAUACAUGUAGUAGACAUACUACCAUCGGUUCU